CUCAAUAUUUCAAUGCAAGCAGUUACACAACUUUAGGCAUGUGACCAUUAUUUUCUCUGCUCUCUUCAAACGAAGUUGAUAGUGAAAAUUCAAACCUUUUGGAUAUGGUCUUCUCUGUCACCCAAACAAAAUAAAAAAAGAAAACCCUACAUAAUUCACUGACAGUCUUUCUAGUUUCUUAUACUCUGUUUUCCUACACAAUUUUCCUAAUCCAUAAUUUCAUUUGUCCUUUCCUUACAAAUCAAUUUACUCCGGCUACUUCAAAAAAAAAAAAAAAAAAAAAAAAAGAAUUAUGCAAGAACUUUUUAUUGCAUAAUCCUACCAAGAAAUGAAGUUCAGACACGAAUCAAAAGUGGGUUCUUGAAAUUCACUUCAAUUGAUCACAAUUAGGGCUCGGAAUUUUCUUGAAUGUGAGCAAAAUGAGAGAUUUCCCUUCUUGCUUUGGGGAAAACGGUGUGCAAGUUGCGGAUGCUUCUUGUUCAAGUGCAGUGGUGACUAAAAAAGCCUGUCCGAAUUCAAUCACCUGUGUGUACAAGUGUAAAUUGCUUCGUAAAUCUUGCUUGAUCACCCUUUCAUGGAGCAAAAACUUGAUUGGCCAAUGCCUUAGUGUCGAAAUCGACGAUUCUUCGCACCAUUGCAUCUGCAAGAUAGAUGUGAAACCCUCUCUCUUCUCGAAGAGGAAAGGGUCCAAAUUCUCCCAAGUGGACUCAACCGAAAUCGAAGUCUUUUGGGAUCUUUCUUCGGCUAAAUUCGGAUCCAGGUCGGAGCCGUUAGAGGGUUAUUACAUAGCAAUCGUCUCGAGCGGUGAGAUGCUUUUGUUAGUUGGUGACUUAAAGAAAGAAGCACUCAAGAAAACGGGAGCCAUCGCUUCGCCCUUGAAUGCAGUCUUGAUUUCAAAGAGGGAGCACAUUUCUGCAAAGAGGGUGUACCAAACGAAGACCCGUUUCUUCGAAAACGGGCCGACACACGACCUGAAAAUCGAGUACGACCCACAUUCGAGCGGAGAUCCGGGUCUUGUUGUUCGUAUUGACAUGAAGACGGUUAUGCAAAUUAAGCACUUGCAGUGGAAUUUUCGAGGGAAUUACUCGAUCUUGAUCGAUGGGCUUGCGGUCGAAGUGUAUUGGGAUGUGCAUAAUUGGUUGUUCGGGCCGGGUUUAGGCAAUGCUGUUUUCAUGUUUCAGACAAGCUUGUCGGUUUGUGAUUCGCCGGUUUUGUCUUGGAGAUGCUCGGAGAGUUUGAGGGAAGCUAAUGCACAAGGUCUUGGCUUCUCUUUCUUUUUGUAUGCUUGGAGGAAUGAAUAAAGAUUGCAUUUUUAUUCUAUUAUGAUAUUUAUUAGAUUCUCUUUUCCUGAGUUUUCAGUAAUGGAUAUAAUCUUCUUCUUCUUCCCCUUAUAGAAUCUUGUUUAAGUAAUGUUAGGACUGCAAAUUGGGGCCAAAUUCUGCCGAUUUCGAUCUAAAUUUCCAAUUUGUUCGUUCC